AGUAUAGCUUCUGAGGCUGAGGAGAGCUUUGAACAUUGAGGCUUUUUGUUUUUUUCCCCCUCUUGGAGAAGCUUGAGGAAUAUCCACCAUGAGAAAGAACAUAUGGGUUUUGGUUCUGCGGUGCUUGUUGCUCCUGGGAUGCUAUCUGGUUUCGACAAUGGAACUUGCGGUGGAAGAGAAGGCGGAUGGAGCAAUCCCAGUAACCACAAUGUCACCACCAGAAGGGAACACAACAUUCCUUGAUGGCACAACAUGGUGUGUGGCCCUUCCCGGGGUUUCCCAAGUUGAUUUGCAAAAUGCAUUAGACUGGGCCUGUGGAUUGGGAAUGGCAAACUGCAAGGCAAUCCAAGAAGGCGGAGCCUGUUAUGAACCGGAUACUCUCUUGUCUCAUGCCUCCUUUGCUUUCAAUGAUUACUAUCAACAGAAUGGGAAUUCUGAUAUAGCUUGCAAUUUUGGAGGAACUGCUGCAGUCACUAAACAUAACCCGAGUUAUGGAAAAUGUGUCUUUGCUGCAGCUGGAUCAGUAGGCUCUGCAGCACCUCCAUUGUACAAGCUUAAUCCGAUCUAUGUUUGGUGGCAACUUGCUUGCCUUUUAUUGCCUUUGUAUCUAGGAAGCUGAAGUUGAUGGGUUUGAUUAAACUGCCCACAAAGUCAAAUUCUACCUGCUUGCUUGUACAAAAGUAUUUUGUGCUGUGUAAAAAAGAAGCAGGAGAUCAGAGCAUGAAUAGCAUAGGAUUUCGUAAUUGUAAUAUGCUUAUCCCUGCCUUUGUUUUUGGGUUAGGAAUCUAUAGCUAAUCAAAUCCCUCUGUUCACCUGUUUUUCGGUUCCUUUCAAAUUUUGUAUCACCUACGCUUCGGUUCUAUCUGUCUAGAAGUCAUGUGCAUGCAUCUGUCUUUGCCUCAGCCUUCUUCUUGUAAAAGUUUGUUCAUGGGGAAACAUCAUAUGAACUUCCAA